AUUUCAGAGUUGCGAAGAGAAAAUGGGGCAAGAAAAUGCUGAAUCUCCGUACGAGGUCCGGUCUUCCGGAGAACUCGGCCGCUACCUGGCCGCGGCCCGGGACCUUUCACCCGACGACCUGGUGCUGACUGAACGGCCUUUAGUUUUCGGACCCAAAGCAAUGCCGGACCCUGAGGCGUCGGUGCCUUGCGUGGGCUGCUAUAAGCCCGUCUACACUGAUGUAGGGGAGAGAUGUCCGAAGUGCGGUUGGCCGGUCUGCUCGGGCUACUGCCCAGGUCUGAAGGAUCCGAGGCAUCACGGAGUGGAAUGUCAUAUCCUGAGCGCUCGACCAGACUGUGUGUUGAAUGAUAUGGCUAAUUAUUACAGACAUGACGCUCUCCUGCCGCUGAGAUGUGCACUGCUCCAGACUGUCGAUCCUGAUAAAUGGAAGAAGCUUCUGGAGAUGCAAUCGCACAUGGAGUGCCGCAUCCCGGGAACUGAAGCUUACGACGAAGCUAAUGAAUUCAUCGUUGAAUAUUUGAUGAACCACUUUAUCGCCAAACUUGACAACGAUACCAAGAAGAAAUAUCUUCCUGAAAUCUCUGCUGCACUAAUACACAGAAUGUGCGGCAUCAUAGCUACAAAUGCUCUUGAGAUUAGACUCCCCGAAGGAGCGGAAUUGUUAGCGUUAUACACCAAUACGUGCAUCAUGGAACACAGUUGUAUUCCGAACACUAAACACACAUUCACACAAACAGCUAAAAACAAAGAUGAACUAUAUAAAAUAACUGUCAAAGUUGCAAUUCCAAUUGAGAAAGGCUAUCACAUAAGUACAAUGUAUAGUCAUGCUUUGUGGGGAACUCAAGCUAGGAGACAGCAUUUGAAAGAUACCAAAUACUUUGCAUGCAGGUGUCAAAGAUGCAGUGAUCCAACUGAACUAGGUACAUUUUUGAGCGCCAUGAAAUGUUUGGGAGAUGGUUACGCUUGUGAUGGUAUACAUCUACCAGAAGAUCCUCUAGAUGAUGAGACUGAAUGGGCAUGCAAUAAAUGCAGAAUUAAAAUAGACAAUUCUCAAGUUAAUAUGCUGAUAUCACAAAUGGGUGAAGAAGUAGAUAAUGUACAAAUGAUGGGCGGAUCACCCAUUAUGUUAGAAAAUCUUCUGUGCAGGCUUUCAACAUAUUUGCACCCGAAUCACUAUCAUCUGUAUUCAAUAAAACAUUCCUUAGUUCAGCUUUAUGGAAGGCAACCGGGUUAUACUACUCAAGAAAUUUUGGAUAAGAAAAUAAAAAUGUGUCGAGAUUUGAUUAACAUUACAAAGAAACUAGACCCCGGUAAUGCAAGGCUUAGUUUGUAUAACGCUGUAUUACAACAUGAGUUACAUUCAGCAUUGGUUAUGAAAUCUCAGAAGGCUAAUAUCGAUGGUACCCAAGUAAAAGACGAAAAUCUUAAGUCUUUACUCGUUGAAGCAAAAGCCGCAUUAAAUGUUGCGCUGAGUGCCUUAAAGGACGAUUUAGAAGAGACUUCUGGAAAAAAAUUGUAUGAAGUGAUUUUAAAAAGUAAAAUGGAAUUCGAAAGGUUAUGUCAAAAGAAAAACGUUACUUGUUGA